CCUUAUGUUUGAGUUACGCUUAUCAAAUCCCAAGUGACAAACUAUUUUAAUAUUAUUUUAUUCAAUUUAUGACUCUCUUCUUCACAAAACCAAACCUUCUUCCACCAUUUCAACUCCACUUCCCUCUAUCUCUUUCUAACUCCACCAUAUCUGCUCCUCUAUCAGCUUCAAAAACCCCCCCUUCAACUCCAUGAAAGCAACAGUAACAACAAGAUCAAGCAUCUAAUGCUGCAAAGACCCACGAAGAAUAUGAAUCUUUUUUCGUGUUUCGUUACAACACUGGUUCUUUCGACGUUCUUUAUGUUAUCAGAAUCAGCAAAUUGCAACAACACAGACCAUGUUAUCAUCUCGAAGGCCUUCAUGUCUGUUUACAAUUUCAAUUCUUCAUGGUUAGUCUGCUCAAACUCGCAAAUCUCGGAGAUUAAUCUGUCGUCAAGAAACCUUACUGGAGCUCUUUCAUGGAAGUUCCUCAAGAACUUAACUCACAUCCACACCAUUAACCUUUCGAACAACUCUCUUAAAGGUUAUAUACCAGCAUGGUUUUGGUCGAUUCCAAAUUUAGUUGAAGUAAAUCUGUCGAAGAACAAGCUUGGAGGUACAAUCGGGUUUGAAUCCGGGUCGGGUUUGAGCUCGAUUCAAGUUCUGAAUCUUUCUUUUAACAGGUUCACUAACUUAGCUCAUCUGUCCAAUUUCUCAAACCUAUCGGUUCUUGAUAUGUCUUAUAAUAACUUAAAGGUUUUACCUUUUGGUUUAAAUUCUGUCAAGAAACUCCAACAUCUUGAUCUUUCGAGCUGUAAUAUCUCAGGUGAUUUAAAACCCAUCUCGAAUCUGACCUCAUUAGAGUUCUUGGAUGUUGCAAACAAUCAUAUGAGUGGCACAUUUCCCGAUGAUUUCCCUCCACUUUCGAACAUCAAUUUCUUGAACAUCUCGUUCAAUAAUUUCUCUGGUGUAUUGCCGUAUGAGAAAGUUCAAAGAUUUGGAAAUUCUUCUUUCAUUAACUCUGGAAUGUUGUUCAAAUUUUCAAACACUUCCGUGAAUCAUACUGCUACUGUUCCUGUUCAUCAUGCCCCAAAAGAAUCACAUGUCAAGCCACACCAGAUUCUUUCAGCGCAUAGUAACCCCAAAGAUCCAAAUUCCGUGAAGGAAUACAAAAAACCCAGUUCGAAAAGGAGGUUAAUUUGGAUCAUAAUCAUAUCUUCGGUAUCAUUUUUAAUAUUAUUAGCGAUGGGUGUAUGCAUAUAUUGCAUAUAUAAGAAGAGAAAGAUGGCAAAAAGAAACAAAUGGGCAAUCUCCAAACCGGUUCACCAACACCAACCAUUCAAGAUCGAAAAAUCCGGUCCGUUUUCUUUUGAAACCGAGUCCGGUUCGUCAUGGGUGGUUGACGUCCGGGAACCGUCGUCAGCGGCGGUGGUGAUGUUUGAGAAGCCAUUGAUGAGUUUUACUUUCAAAGACCUGAUGGCUGCCACGUCACAGUUUGGGAAAGAGUCCUUGCUGGCAGAAGGCAGGUGUGGGCCCGUGUAUCGAGCCGUAUUGCCAGGUGAGAUCCACGUGGCUGUCAAGGUGUUGGAGAAUGCUCGAGGGAUGAGUCAUGAUGAUGCUGUAGCUAUGUUUGAAAACCUCUCAAAGCUCAAGCAUCCUAAUUUGUUACCCAUUUCUGGUUACUGCAUUGCAGGCAAGGAAAAGCUGGUGUUAUACGAGUUCAUGGCCAACGGCGAUCUCCACCGGUGGCUACAAGAGCUCCCAACCGGCAAAACUGACGUGGAAGACUGGAGCACCGAUACGUGGGAGUAUCCCGUCGAUUCAUCAUCGCCGGAAAAAAUGGAGUGGCGUACACGUCACAAUAUAGCCAUCGGAAUAGCCCGUGGCCUAGCCUAUCUCCACCAUGCUCAAUCCACACCGGUGGUGCAUGGCCACCUCGUUCCUUCCAACAUCCUCCUAUCAGAUUAUCUCGAUCCCCGAAUCGCCGGCAUCGGACUGAGUCAUGACCAUGACCGAGUCCAUGCACAGACCACCGAUUCCGACGUGUUCAGUUUCGGCGUUGUGUUGAUCGAGCUCUUGACCGGUCAAACGGGGUCGGAAGAAACGGUGGUGAAAGCGAGGAAGUUGGUAAGGGAAGGACGAGGGGUGGAUGCAUUGGACUCGAGGCUGCGACUCGGGGAUAACUCAGUGAGUGAGAUGGUGGAGUGCCUCCGUGUUGGGUACCUGUGCACGGCGGAGACGCCUGGGAAAAGACCCACGAUGCAGCAGGUUCUUGGGAUGCUUAAAGACAUUCAUCCCAUCACGGCGGAGUUAAACUGACGGACUUUUUGUGUUUUGUCGCCGUCGAUCGGAAUCCAGAGCUAUGAUUGCUAAAUCCAGGAAAUUUGUUUUGUUAGGGGUUGUAUAUCCUGCAUGUAAAGUUGUACGCUUUCCUGGAUUUGGGUUUUUAGUUUGAGAAGUGGUUUUGGUUUGUAGUUUUGUUGAUUGACUGGAGAGUGGUUGCAUGGUUGGUUGCUUUCAAAUGCGUA